AGUGCUCACUGUGCGAAAACGUAUAAUAUAUAAAUAAAGUGUAUUUCUUAAUAAAUAUGUUGAUAAUAAGAUAUGCUCUGCUUAUACUGGGAGUUCUUCUAGUUGCAGUAGCAGAGGACAGUCAAGAAUGUGGAUAUUUUGACACUGUGGAUCUCAGGGAUAGCCAAAGACUUGACAAUGGAUCUUAUUUGUACAAGCAUAUUUCAAUUCCAAGUGACAAAGUUCAUGAAUACCACGAUCAAAUAACCAUUACAAAUCGUAUGAAGUUAGUCGAACCCUAUAUGAGAGGUUGUCUCUGUCACAUAAAACCGUGUGUGCUCUUGUGUUGUGAACCAAAAAAGUACAUUCGAAAUUUGUCCGUGAAUGUGACUCUUCUCAACGGUAAGGAGUCGCAAAUAGAUGUGAUAAAUGAUUUAGAGUUCGUAAUGCAAAUAAGAUAUAAGAUGUCUUGCGAUAUAUUUGAAGAUCCUGAAUAUUAUGAUCCCAACUGGAAAUUAUUUCAGGACGGAACACUUCACAAUCAGACCGAUGACAGUGUAAUACUUAAAGAAAACUAUUGCCUGAUGCCGCAUAAAGUGGACAAAAAUUAUUAUCUUGUACCCAAAAUCAUAAUGCCGCAAAUCCAAAUCUUCCUAGAGCUGGAUGUGAUGAGUGCUAUGAAAGUUAUCUCCGUGUUCUGCUUAGGUAUAAUCACUGUUGUGCAUUUGUAUUUGCCUGAUUUGCGGACCAGAGUUUAUAGUCAAACUUCUUUAUGUUACAUUAUCUGCAUAACCAUUACCAUGAUAUUGCUAUGGUCUAGAUCUCUAUUUCUUGACAAAGUUAUACUGUGUCACUUGACAGCUUACUGUGGAUAUUACAUGGUCAUGUCUUCACUCCUUUGGCUCCUGGCUAUUAAUUACAUUUUGUGGAAUUUAAUACGAAACGAUCAGAAUAAGCAAGUAAAUAACAUGCUAAAAUAUCACAUUAUUGUCUGGGGCUCUGCGGCGAUUUUGCUUACGAUCGCUGGAUCUAUGAACUUGCAAGAUAUGGACGAUAUGAAAAAAGAAAUAUGGCAACCUUAUACAGUUGGCUGCUGGAUAAAUAAACAAAGUUGGUCAGCAAUGAUUUACUAUUAUGGACCAAUAUUUGUUGGUAUUGUUGUCAAUCUAAUAUUUUCCAUCAUAACCUUAAGAUGUAUAUAUGUGGAGAAGCCAGAGGAUGCAAUCACUAAAUCUGAUUUUAAGACGUUUUUCCAAAUGAUUAUCAUAACUGGAGUGAUUUGGUUACUUGAAAUAACUUCCUUCAUCUUAACGUUAUUUCAUAUAGACAAAGCUAAGACUUGGGUUGACUAUUCUAAAAAUCUGAUUCUAAAUAAUUUCGGACUAAUAUUACUUUUUGUUACCAUCUGGAAGAAGGAUGUUCUAUACCAAUUAAAUUCACGCCUGGAAAGAAAACACAACGAAAUCUCAAUACCAAAUCUAUCUUCUAAUCAUACAGCAUCUACUACAGUGUUAAAUUGAUAUUCACAUUUUCUUUAAACUUUUUUUUACAUUCCUAAUUUAUCAAAGUUGUAGAUACAUAUUUAAAAA